AUGGAGGACGUGGAGGGAACGGAAGAAGGUAGCCGAUCUAGCAGCCUCAAUGAGCAGAUCGAAAAUCUCAACCGAGUCAAGCAAAAGCUUGAGAAAGAAAAAUCUGAGGCCAAACUUGAAGUCGAUGAGCUCCACGUCAACGUUGAAUCCUUGACCAAGUCUAAGCUCAACUACGAGAAACAGACUCGAAAUCUCGAGCACAUGGAAGAGGAGCAGGAGUCUAAGCAAGACCUCCAGCGUAAGUUGACAAAAUCCAACAACGAGUGCGUCCAGUGGCGAAACAAGUAUGAGACUGAUGCUAUUCAGCGAACUGAAAAGCUCGAAGAAGCGAAGAAGAAGGUUGUCGCGCGACUCCAGGAGUCCGAAGAACAGGGCGAAGUUGAAGAUCUUUCUGCUGAUUUGGAGCGAACCGCCGCCGCCGCUCAACUCGACAAGAAACAGCGAAACUACGACAAGCUCCUGUCCGAAGCUAAACAAAAGCAGGAGGAAGCCGCCGUUGAACUCGAAAUUGCGCAAAAGGGAGUUCGAUCUCAGCAGAAGGCGGUUGAUCAGCUUGAAUCUAUCCGACUAGAAAACCAAAACCUUGCCGAGGAAGUUCAAAAGCUUGUUGACCAGCUCCAGAAAGGAUCAAAGACCAUCCACGAACUCGAAAAGAGCAAGAGAAUCGCUGACCAAGAACAAUCUAAUAUCCAGGGUACUCUUGAAGAAGCUAAAGCUGCUAUCGAAACCGAAGAAGCCAAGACCCUCCGAGUCUGUGUCGAGCUCCAGCAGCUGAAGGAAGAGAUAAACUGGCGAGAAGCAUUUUUCAACCGGCCGACAAACUGGAAGAUGGGAUUAGAUUGGUAUUUGAAUCAGAUGCCGAACUCUUACUCCGACGAAGUUACGUACGAAAAGACCCCGGACUACAAUUUCCCCCUCGAGAUUGGGGGAUUUUCUCACAUUUUCAGCAAAGCGCUCAAUCAAAAGUUUCAUUUAGAAAACGAAGGAGAAGGGAGAACUGUCAAUGCCUGGCUGCAAAAUCGCCCAGUAGACAAUAAUAAAGCCGACAGUUCUACUGCCAAGAGCAAGCCCAAGAAUCCGCCAAAAAGCGCGAACUUCGUGCCGCCUAUCCGCGUCCUCCAGCUCCUCUGGCUCGAGCUCUUCAUCGUCUUUUUCCUCCAGUUGAAGACGUUCCAGCGACUCGGAAGUGGAAGAAACAGAGACAAAAUCAAGCACCAGCCCAAUGAGAUUGUCGAAAAAGAUCCAAUCUGCCAAGAAAACUAUGAAAAUCGCAAUCAAUACUGCUAA